CAUCGAGGUUGACACGCACAGCUCGAUUCGUGUUUAUGAGUUGCACAGUUGUAGGGGAUAUUAGUGGGGUAUUGGAGUUGCACCGUUGGGGGAUAAGCACACAGCGUUUAGUGGUACAGCUAUUUUGUGUUGUUAGUGCUGUACACAAGGUACAUUAUAGUUAUAGGGCGGGCAGAUAUAGGGGGUACAGCUGCAGUGUAGUCAACGAAUUGCACUGUUUUAUGGUAAAUAACACGACAGAGCAUAUGAUUAAGAGCGGUUACAGUUACACCAAUACAUUGUGAAUUAAAAAAUAUAGUUUUUAACUUUUUGUUUGUAAAGGAGCAAGAUGUUUGUAAACGAGUAAGAUUUAAGCACACUUUGGAGGAGUUGUGAGCGAAGCUUUGCUUCUCGUUGAUAUUCAUUUAAUGACGGAUUCUGCAAGGCGUGUUUGAGAAACAAGGCGACCACAAUCCUCAUUUGGACAUGCGAGUGAUUUGACAGAGCUUCUGUGUGGGACCCGAGCAAGGACUGGGCCCAGUACAAAGGGCGCGAGCCGCGAUGCUCGUGAAGGAAUACCGCAUCUGCAUGCCUCUCACGGUCGAGGAGUACCGUGUCGGACAGCUGUACAUGAUCAGCAAGCACAGCCACGAGCAGAGCGACCGCGGGGAGGGCGUGGAGGUGGUGUCCAACCAGCCACACCUGGACCCCACGCAUGGCACGGGCCAGUACACUGAGAAGAGGCUGCACCUGUCCAGGUGCUACGAGCACUUUGUCAGCCAGGCUCCGUAAGGGGGAAUUUGUGGUCCUUAUUUAGUCCCACAAAACUGAGAGCAGCACACGUGUUAGUUAGAAAGAGGGCUUUCACCCAUAUGGCCAAUGAAUUUGUACAUUUAAAUCAGGCUCUGGCUCUCGCCCGCUCACCAAGUGCUCUCUCAUUCCCAGGAGUAUGGCAGGAAAAGUGGAAGAUAAUAAAAGUGAUGAUGGGAAAUGAAAAUGCAAAUGUCAUCACUACAACCAGGAACAGUACUGGUGGUGGAAUGUGCGAUGUGCAUACUUUUGCAUCAUGCAGUAUAAACCCCACCAUUCCCAAAGCCAACUGCAUCAGCCUCAAAACUAUAGCUUUUACGCUCACCUAUUUCCCGUUUAAUUUGUUUCAUAUUCCUUUUAAGCUCUAGGCUCGCAGUGCAGCUCGUGCUGUCUGACAGUAUUUUCACGAUCAACGCACCCCAGCGCACGUUGCACCUGUUUACUGCACUCUCUCAGCCCAAGGAUGGACGGACGCGUCUUGCCUCGAUAUGCAGGGUGUUCUGCAGCGUAAACGUUAAUUUGACCCGUCCUGGAUUUACCUCGAAAAUCAGAGGCUAGCGACGACUGUGCACGACAUCCACGCUUGGUUGCCGAACCACCCACCCAACCCUGCAUCUGCCUUCUCUUCAGACACCGAAUCCAUUACUGCCACAGUGCUAAAAAUAAACGUUUGCUGUUGCCACCGAUAGUGGAUUCAGCUGCAUGUAGCUGUCGAGUGUCCCUUGUACACUGCUAGAGAUCGUUAGUGUUGUAUUCUUUUUGCUCUAAACUCUGCACUUGUUCAUCAGUUUUUAUUUUAGAAACUUGUUUUCUAAGGCAAUAAGGUUUGCACUCAUGAGCAACUGCAGAUUUCUAAUAAAAGUAAAAUUUGAUUAAUUUUGAUAAGUCCUACCAUGUAAUAAACUGCGUUAUCGUCCGAGAUAUACGUACAUUUAUAUAGUUUUAUUUAGUGCGUAUUGGGUAAAGGUAUGUGUGAACAUUUAAUAAAAAGCUAAAUAUUUGAUCUCUUCCUCUUACAGUAUCCUGAGAUGUGGUCUCAUUGUGAUGCUCUCAAAAUUCUAUUUGUUUAGGAUUUGUGAAUAUUUCGAAAUAAAUUUGUAAUGACGACUUGA